UUGGGGCUGCUCCAGCUGACAACGAACAAUCGAGCAUCUAACGUCAACAGAACGCACCCCACGUGCACCUGAUGUAAGAUACCAGGUCUUGGCUAAUUUUAGGCAAAAAAUGUGGAAAGUGUCGAAGCAUCUGCGAUUCGGUGCCAGCAAAAGUUUGGCUUUUAUCAGGAAUUCAAACCCGACACGAAAUUGCAGUGGCCUUUCCUCGCCGGAGAUUGAAAUUCCAUUCUCGAAUGGCCGCACUAUAAAAAUAUCUACCGGAAAAUUGGCCAGGUUCACAGAUGGUUGUGCCGUUGCCCAAAUGGGUGACACGGCCGUCAUGGUCACCGCCGUCUCUAGGAACAAAGCUUCCCCAGCCAACUUCACCCCACUGACCGUGGACUACCGGCAAAAAGCAGCCGCCGCGGGAAGAAUUCCCACAAAUUUUCUCCGGAGAGAACUUGGGCCUUCCGAAAAAGAAAUCCUCACUAGUCGACUGAUUGACCGUUCUGUCCGGCCACUUUUUCCUGAAGGGUAUAAUUUUGAAACGCAACUUAUGUGCAACUUGCUGGCCGUCGACAGUGUCAACGACCCAGACAUUGUCAGCAUCAACGCUGCUUCGGCUGCUCUGAGUCUGUCCGAUAUUCCUUGGAAUGGACCUGUGGGGGCUGUAAGGGUGGGCCUUGCUGGGACCGAAGUGCUCAUCAACCCCACAAGAAGGGAGCUUGCAGACAGCAGUUUGAAUUUGAUUGUCAGUGCCACAAAGCAAAACUUGGUAGUCAUGUUGGAAGCAGCAGCAGAUAAUGUUCUGAUCACAGAAUUUCAAAAAGCUGUGAGAGCAGGAGUGAAAGAAAUUUACAACAUAGUGCUUGGCAUCCAAAGACUGACCAAGGUGUACGGAAAGAUCAAAAGAAAUUUAGAGCCUGCGACACCCGUUCCAAGUGAAAUAUGGGAGGCUGUGAGAAGCUUGAGUGAGAUGCGUUUGAGGGAAAUCCUCCGAGAUAGUACACACGACAAGUUGUCCAGAGACGAGGCUGUUGCUCAGCUAAGAACUGAUGUCAUCGAGAAGGUGGUGGAUGAUAGUGCAAAUUACAAUUUUGCAGUGGACUCUUUUAACAAAGUUUUUAAAGAAACCUUCCGAUCACUCAUAUUCGAGGAAAAUACCAGGUGCGAUGGACGGAGUUUAACCCAGAUUAGGCCAAUUUCAACACAAGUUGAUUUGUACAAACCUCUGCAUGGCUCAGCACUGUUCCAACGAGGCCAAACUCAGGUUUUCUGCACAGUGGCCCUUGAUUCACCAGAUUCUGCCAUGCGUCUCGACCCUGUUUCGAUACUUACUAGUGGUGUGAAGGAGAAAAACUUUUUCCUACAUUAUGAGUUUCCACCAUAUGCAACAAAGGAAAUUGGCAAAUCAGGAGCAGCUGGGAGGAGAGAAAUGGGCCACGGAGCUCUUGCUGAAAAGGGCCUACGACCAGUUGUGCCUAAAGAUUUCCAGUUUACAAUAAGACUGACUUCAGAAGUGCUUGAGUCAAAUGGUUCGUCUUCAAUGGCGUCUGUGUGUGGUGGCAGCAUGGCCCUGAUGGACGCAGGAGUGCCAAUUUCCAGUGCAGCGGCCGGAGUGGCCAUUGGACUGGUCACCCGCUACAAAGAAGGAGACACAAAGCACAUGGAGGAUUACAGAAUUCUCACAGACAUUCUUGGAAUCGAGGAUUAUUUGGGUGAUAUGGACUUCAAACUAGCUGGCACCAAAAAAGGUAUCACUGCUCUGCAGGCAGAUGUUAAGAUUCCAGGAUUGCCACUGAAAAUUGUGAUGGAGGCAUUGCAACAGGGUGCAGAAGCAAAAAGUAGAAUCAUAGAUAUCAUGGAUGAGACUAUUAAGAAACCAAGAAAGCACAAGGACAACUGGCCAGUGUCGGAGAGGAUAGAAGUUCCCCCUCACAAAAGAUCAAAGUUUCUUGGCUUAGGUGGGUCCAAUCUGAAGAAACUGACUGCAGAAACAGGAGUGCAAGUCAGCCAACUGGAAGACAAUAUCUUCCUCUUUUUUGGCCCCAACCAAAGUGCCUUAGACGAGGCCAAAGAGUUCAUGGAGAAACAAACUGAAGCACCCAGGGAGCCAGAACUGGAAUUUGGUGCCAUUUACACUGCAAAGAUUGUGGAGCUUCGAGAAAUUGGUGUCAUGGUAACGCUGUAUCCUGGCAUGAUCCCAACUCUGUUGCACAAUUCUCAGCUCGAUCAGAGAAAAGUUUCUCAUCCCACUGCGCUUGGUUUGGAGGAGGGCCAAGAAAUCCAGGUCAAGUUUUUUGGAAGAGACCCUGUUUCUGGAAUGAUCAGAUUAUCAAGAAAAGUGUUGCAAGGACCAGCAUCUGCAGCCAUAAGAGAUCUCAAUAGGACUGGUAGCAAAUAAGAGUGAAUGUGCUAUAGAAAUCAUGAAAUGAUUCAGUUGUACAUAUAUUUUAUGUAAUGAAAUAUUUUUUAAGGCCUAAAUUUAAAAUAAA